AUGUCGACCGCUGCGCACACUGAGCCCCAGAAGUACCUCGACCCCGCCCUCACCUUCCAGCUCCUCGACCGCGUCCCCCAGCCCGAGGGCGUGAUCACGGCCACCUAUGUGUGGAUCGGCGGUAGCGGCCAGGACCUCAGGAGCAAGAGCCGCACCCUCCACGGUAAGCCCGCCAGCGCGGCCGACCUGCCCGAGUGGAACUACGACGGCUCGUCGACCGGCCAGGCCCCCGGCCACAACUCGGAGGUGAUCCUCAAGCCGCAGGCCAUCUUCAAGGACCCGUUCCGCCUGGGCGAGAACAUCCUUGUGAUGUGCGACACUUACGACCCGCAGGGCAACCCCAUCCCCACCAACACGCGCGCGCCGGCCAACGUGGUGUUCGAGAAGACCAAGGACGAGAAGUCGUGGUUCGGCAUCGAGCAGGAGUACACCAUCUUCUCGGUCGACAAGCACCCGUUUGGCUGGCCCAAGGGCGGCUUCCCCGGCCCCCAGGGUCCCUACUACUGCGGCGUGGGCGCCGACCGCUGCUUCGGCCGCGACAUCACCGACGCCUUCUACCGCUACGCGCUCUACGCAGGCAUUAAGGUGUCGGGUGACAAUGCCGAGGUGAUGCCCGGCCAGUGGGAGUUCCAGGUGGGCCCGUGCGAGGGCAUCUCGGCCGGCGACCACAUGUGGAUGGCGCGCUACAUCCUCCUCCGCCUGUCCGAGCUCUACCGCGUCGUGAUCUCGUUCGACCCGAAGCCCAUCGAGGGCGACUGGAACGGCGCCGGCUGCCACACCAACGUGUCGACCGAGGCCAUGAGGAACGAGGGCGGCAUCAAGGUGAUCGAGGCCGCCAUGCAGAAGCUGGCUGCCAAGCACGCCGAGCACAUCGAGGUCUAUGGCCAGGGCAACGAGCGCCGCCUGACGGGCAAGCACGAGACGGCCCACAUCGGCCAGUUCAGGUACGGCGUGGCCGACAGGGGCGCCUCGAUCCGCAUCCCCUCGCAGACCGCCAAGGACGGCAAGGGCUACUUCGAGGACCGCAGGCCGGCCUCCAACAUGGACCCCUACGUCGUCACCGCCAAGAUCAUCGACACCAUCUGCCUCUAA